ACCACACUCGCACUCGCACUCGCUCACUCCCAGCAUCCCAGACCCUCGAUCCCCUUUCUCCACCACACCGCGGCAGCCAUGCCGCCGGCGCUGGCCUCCAUCCCCGUUCCCGACCACCUCUUGGAGGAGAUCUUGCUCCGCCUGUCCGCCCCGGACGAUCUCGCCCGCGCCUGCGCUGCCUGCACCUCUUUCCGCCGCGUCAUCAAAGGUCGCGCCUUUCGCCGCCGCUUCCGCGCACUGCAUCGCCCUCCCCUCCUCGGCUUCAUGGACGCGGGCGGAUUCCACCCUGCCCAGGCGCCUCACCCCUCCGCCCCGCUCGCCAGCGCCCUCGCCCCCCGCGCGGCCGAUUUCUCCUUCGUCCCGGCCGUCGUGUCUUCUUCCUCCUACUUCAUGCCGCCGGGCGUCCAAGACGACGAGGAAGGCCCCCGCUGGCGCCCCUGCGACGUCCGCGACGGCCGCGAUUGGAGAUCCAUCUACCCCCGCUCCGUCCACAUGUGGACCUACCGCCAAGACGGCUGCCAAGUAAGCAUCCUCAAGGACUCGAGGGAAAUGGGUGACAAUGAACUCUGUGACCGCCUCACGUGGACCAAACGGGAGCGGUGCAACGCCGCCGACUUCCACCUCGCCGUCUGUGACCCCCUCUCCAGCAGAUACCUGCUGCUUCCAACCAUACCUGAGGACCUCGCCGCCCAGCCGCAGGAGUGCCUUUCGGAAUUUGAGGCCGUGCUUGAUCCCAACACCAGCGACGACUACGGCGACCAACAGCCUUUCAGGUUUAAGUUCAAGUUCAAGGUGAUAUGCAUAGCAAGAUACACGACGAAGCUUGUCCUCUUUGUGCUCCCGUCCACAACUAUGCAAUGGUCUAUGCUCGAGUCUCCCAUUUCCCCUUCUAUUCAACACAUGUCCUGUUCUGACUGCGCGCGUGGCUGCUUCUACUGGACACAGCCUUCUGGCUGGAGUGACCAUUUGAUGGUGCUGGACGCACGCACUUUGAGGUUUUCCACGGUCGACCUUCUCACCGGCUACCAUCUGGAGCUCAGCCAUCUGCCUGACAAGAGCUUCGGUCAUCGUAGCCUAAAUGCUGUUGUGAUGGGCCGAGAAGGAACCCUCGACAUGUUUUCUCUUGUCUCUCAACACGGAUCCUUUACCAUCCACCAUACCUCUCUGAAGAAUAAUUCGCAACAAUGGAAGCUAGAGAAUAUCAUACAGCUUCCUGGGCAGUAUCAUUCCAUUUGCACAAUGGGUGCAGCCGAGGGAUUCUUCUUCUUCCGCGGCGCUCCAGAAGGUGGUAUUCAUUUUGAGAAUGUGGAUUGUUACUCAAUGGAGGUCAAGACUUAUGAAAUUACCAAAGUAUGCACAAAGAUGGGGAAUACCUACAAUCCCAGACAUGCACUCCCAUACUUUAGCUUCCCGCCGCUGUUAUCGGAACCAACUAUCUGAUCAACUGAUCUGAGACUGCUUGCUGUUGUUUUGGUCUUGCUUGGGCUAUGUACGCCUGGAGUUGGAUGGCAGAUGUUCAAGAUUGUGCUGAUGCAAUUUGAUGUCUGUAGUAAGCGUCUGUAGUAAGCGUUGUAUGUGUAUGUAAGUAGGAUAUGUUGUCAGAAGGCUGAGUUUGGUCUAAGACUCUGGUUUAUGUUAUGUAGUGAUGUUUGUGUUGGAAGACUUGGGUUUAUGUUCACCCUCUUAAUCAGUCUAGAUGAACUAGCUUUUAUCUGCAUGAGGGAAUGAGUUUGUUAAUUUCGAGUUCA